AUGCGCGCUUCACAUGCGUCAUUGGCGCGUCCGGAUCUCGGCAAUAUCGAUGAUACAUGCUUCAGCGCAUUCUCAGAAGCGCCAGACAUGACGCAGUACGCGAGACUCAGCCAAAGCACGACGAAGCACAAUGAUGUUCAGCAGACACCGCGGAGCAGGCGAGGCGACGCCACACCGCGCGUCUCACGCAAGCGACCAUCACUCUCACGAUCCCCGUCGCCCACACCACGUCGUAUGAAGACACCGGCUCAGAUGAACAAUGAUGGCACGACUUCAUUCCUCAUCGACUUCACACAACAGAUCGAGAGUGUGGGCUCCUAUCAGAGAGGGACGCCAGCCCGAUCAUCAAACAACCCAGGUCUGCUCCAAUAUCUCAGUGAUCAACGAUCACCUGCGAAGUCUGCACGACCUAGCUUUGCAACACCAGCCAAGUCGAAUAGCAUCCUCAAUCUUUUGGACUUUGAGCUUCCGCCAGCACCCACACCCCGUUCUAUCCCGACCAUUACUGUACGAGAGCUCGAAUCUCUCAAGUCGUCAUAUCUUUCACAAAUUUCGGGAUUGAAGGCAACGUUAAGCGGUCGCGAGGCCGAGGUCGAGAGCUUGAAGCGAGCCAUCGGCGACGCCGAGCGUAGAGCUGGCGAAGCUCAAGAGCACCUUCGGGAAGAGAAAUGCCGACGUGAACAAGCUGAGGAGGAAAAGACGGGCUGGGAACGCCGUGGCGAGGAGCUCGCAAAUGUACUCAAGAACGUCCGCGAGGAAGUGCUCAAGAGCGAAGCCGAAAAGGAGGACUUCGUCCGCAAAUUCGAAGAGAGCGAGCAGCGCGCCGAAGAUGCCGAGAUCCGCGCCAACCAGGCCGAGGAGCGCCUCACAUCAGCCCUCGCCGAGCGAGCCGCCCACCCAUCGAGCGGCAACAACGCGAACGACGACAAGACCGUCGACGAACGAGUCCAGGCCCUCGUCGCCGCCCAAAUCGACGCCAAGAUCGAAUCCGUCGGCCGCGACCUCCACGCCAUCUACAAGGAGAAGCACGAGCGCAAAGUGGCCACCCUGAAGAAGAGCUACGAGGCCCGCAGCGAGAAGAAAUGCGCCGACCUCCUCUCCCGCCUCGCCGACCUCGAGAGGCAAAACGAGGAACUCCACGCCGCCAGAGACGCCACCUUCUCCGGCGCGCUCCCCGACCUCAGCAUGGUCGCCUCCGCCUCCGAAUCGGCCUCGGCCGCCGUCGCCGAGGCCCAAGAGCUGAAGAUCCUCCUCGAAGAACAAAAGGCCCACCUCGCGCGCGUCGCCGGCGAGCUGGAGUCCGCCCAGCGCCAGCAGGACGCGCUCAUGCAGGAGCUCGAGCAGGAACGGGUGGAAAAGGGCGAACUCGUCGCCGCAGUCGACGAAAUGCUCGCGCUGCAAUCCCUCUCCGCCGCGGCCCCCGCCGCUCCCGCCGCUCCUCCAUCCACAACAGACCCCGUCAGCGUCAGCGCCACCCCCGCCGCCGCGAAACAGCGCGCCCUCUCCUCCGCCGUCGAGGAUCUCCGCCGCAGCAUCGCCCGUCCGACCGGUCUUCGCGCCCCCAGCUCCAGCUCGAACAGUAGUGGUCUGGUCGCACCCUCCGAGAGCCGUAUUGGGAAAUCUCUGUCUUCGUCGUCUUCGACCGCUGCAACUUCCGCUGGGAUCCCUACCCCGGCGAGGAGUCUCAGCGGUGGGCUGGGCAAGAGCAGGAUGUUGGCGAAUAUCGAGAGGAUGGGGAGGACUGGCAGUGGUGGUGUUAGUGGGGCGCCGGAGUGA